AUGUCUACAUUUGCAUUCACUGACAAAGAGACAGAUGGGGGAGCCUUCUCCAAGCAGGCCUAUGCUAUCGCUGCUCUUCCUCAAGCCAGCCGCUCCGGCAGAAGUUUCACGCACGCUGAAUGUGCAUACGAUAAAUAUGAUGAUGAAGAUGAUGAUGACGAUUCGGACUACGAGAUGACGCCGGAAAUGCCAGAGUCACCAGUAAGACAGCUCGCGACACCUGAGUACAGCCAUACCGAUGGUAAGCAGUCGCACCAGACGCACGGCAAGAAGACAAUCUAUUCGAAUCGACCACACGCAGCGGUAGAGAGACGAUACCGAUCCACUGUCAACGAAAAGAUACAAGAGCUGCAGAACCGAAUACCAGAUUACUUCGAUCGGGAGGACCAGACGGGAAGAAGUCAAGCAAAUACCAAGGGUGCAAUCUUGGAUCGUGCAGCACGAUACAUUCAUUUCAUGGUGCAAUCGUACGAAGAGAAGGAGCGCAGAUGUCAACAAGUCCGUCGUGUAGUGGAGCGGUGGCUUAGAGAGAACAGUGGUUGA